AUGGCUACUCCCUGGAGGUGCGCCCUGUUGAUGAUCCUGUUGUCCCAGGUGGUGACCCAGGUAAAAUGCAUGGACGACGACGACGUCCCGGAGGAGUGGCUGCUUCUGCACGUGGUCCAGGGCCAGAUAGGAGCUGGGAAUUACAGCUACUUGCGGUUGAACCACGAGGGUAAAAUUAUUCUCAGGAUGCAGAGCCUCAGGGGGGAUGCGGACCUGUACGUGUCCGACAGCACUCUGCACCCAAGCUUCGACGAGUAUGAGCUGCAAUCGGUCACUUGCGGCCAGGAUGUGGUCUCUAUACCGGCGCACUUCCAGCGCCCGGUGGGGAUAGGAAUUUAUGGACACCCAUCACACCAUGAAAGCGACUUUGAGAUGAGGGUAUACUCUGACAGAACUGUGGAUCAGUACCCAUUUGGAGAGGCUGCCUAUUCUGCUGACCCUACAGGAGCCAGUCAGAACCAAGCUUAUGCUCCAGAGGAGUCAGCUCAAGAAGAGGAGUCGGUCCUCUGGACGAUAUUGAUUAGCAUUUUGAAAUUGGUGCUCGAAAUUCUCUUCUGAACCCUUAUCUGCACGGAGCAAUUAGUUUGCUGUGGACCUUGCUACUUGACCUGGUGAAAUUCUGGUUCCUUUUUCUAGACUAGGAUGGAAAAAUAAAGCCAUACAGUUUUGUUACCUCAAUUUACUCCCCAACAGGAAAAGCAGCAAGCACAAUAUUUUAGAGGUUAAAAUUCCUAUAAAAAGGAGUCUGCUCAAUAAAAUGUUUAAAUACAUUUUGGUUAGUCAGGUGAGUAAAAAGAUUAUUGCAGUAACAGGCUGUAUAAAUCAGAUUGUCUUCGUGCUAGUGCAGAUGAAAUUAAAAGGCUGAUGACUUUAGAAUUUAUUCUAGACAUUCUAAAUGAAGUACAGCACUUCAGGUUUUACAGAGGUACUAAACCAGGUCAGAAAUGGGACAUGGUACCCGAUACUCAAGCAAGCUUUCCUGGCAGGCAUGUAUUUACAAACUGUUGCUGUGCCAGUUGAUGACCCAUAUCCAGUUGUACCAGAUCUUGGGCGAUCUGUCCUUUCCUCUGCUUGGGCUGACUGGAGUGCUGUGGUUAUUAAGUAACUAUAAUACUACCUAAGCAGGUCAAGGCAGUCAUGACAGAUACUAAUAACUUUUUAGACUCAAGAGUAUUUCAAAUUAAGUUGCUACCUCUUUCUGCUGAUCUCUGGAAAGACAGCACUAAGAGAUUAAAAUCUGGGGAAAUGAGCCAUUUCUCUGACUUUCUUUCAAGGGUAGGAGUUGCUAAUAAUGAAAUAAAUCAACAUGAAGAUGAUUAAGGUUAUAGUUAAUUUCAAAAAAAGUUCUUUAUUGGCAUAAAAAUGAAAGUGUAAAUAAAUUGGCACCAAAUAUUCCCAAACAUGAGGGUCAGAAACCUAUUUUAUCCCUCUUUGCUGUUUUUUCCCCUUCUGCCCACUUUCCUGGGUGUUGGGGGAGCUCGCUGACAACAGUCACAAAUCCAGCGACCUAGGAGAAAAAUUGUUAGUUAAUAUGGAGUGGAACUUGAUUUUACAGGACAAACCACCUAAACUCAUUCCUGAGCUGUCCAUAGUGAUAACUCGGGGAUUUUUCAGUGGGGAGGGGAGUACUAAGCUCCUUAAGCCAAGGAAGAAAAUGUAAACAACCUUUAAUCAGUGUAAACAAUGCAGUGUGGAAUUGAGUGCAGGGACAAGAUGGGGAAAGGGCACAAAACAAUCAUUUGUACCUUUAGAUCCUUCCUAAAAUUCAAAUACCAUCAUGCUUUUAAAACCUCAACAACACAAUUCCUAAUGUAGAACUUGUUAAUGAAUCUGGCUUUCUAUGAUGGCCUUUCUCCACUCUUCUAACAGCACUGUCCAUGGCACUUAACUCUACCACAUACCUGAGCUGAAUUACUACAGAACCUUAAGUGAUUAUUCAAGUUGCUUACUUCUAAAGGAAUUCCGGGAAACUUAGUUUUAUAGAGUACUAUACAGUGUUAACUAUGCAACUAAGUCCUUAAAAUUGCACAAUUACCUGUAUAAUGUUUCAAUAGAAUUACUGUGAUUUACUAUUUGAUUUUGUGUCCAUCCUAAAGUUAUCUGGAAUUGUCUUGCUGCCUCACUUUAUAGAAAGAUGUCUUAGUAUAUAUAAAAGCAUAGCAGUCACUUUGUUAAGUUUCUAAAUAGACCUUUAAAAAUAAAAUCAAAGCAUUGAAACAAA